AUGGGCCGUCCCCUCUUGGGUUAUCUCAGAGAACUUCAUGGCCUCUUCUUAGAUUCUCUCAUAGAAAGCCCAUGGGCCUUCUCCUCUUGGGCUAUCUCAGAGGACUUCAUUGAGAACAAGAGCCACAGAGACAGAGAGACAGAGAGAGAGAUGGAUCCCAAAUCCCUAGCGAAAUCGAAGAGAAAGCAUGGACACCAGCACCGCAAGAAGCCCCAAAGCUCAGCUGCUUCGAAGACCUCAAGAAGCCUCUCCGAUGCCCUCCCAUCCAAUAGGGAUCGAUAUAGCGAUGAGGAAGACGAUGAUUUGGGAGCUGAGACCGUUGUUGCGGCCAAGAUACCUGGAGAAGUCUUGCCCAAAAGCAAAGGUGCUGACUUUGCUUGGUUACUGGAGCAGGCGCGGUCUCAGCCGGAUGAACACCGUGAAGAAGAUUCACAGUGUUCGUCGUCCUCGGAUGUGAUUCCAGUUAAUUUUAUGAAGGGAGUGAGCUCCUUGCUAUCGUUGAGGGGGAGUAGCCUUUUGUCUUUGGCUAAUGAUGACAAUUUUGUUGUUGAUGAUGACUCUGCGUCAAGUUUUGAGGUACCUUUUCUCUCCUUGGAUUUGCACGCACUUGCUACACAACUGUCAAAGCUGAAAAGGUCACAAAGGCUAUUUAUUGAAGAUGAUCUGUUAUCUGAAGAGCUGGAUGGUAGUUAUGAAUCAGAAGGGAGCAAAGCUUCUGAGCAAUCGGCAAGAUUAAAAAAUUAUGAAGGCCAACAUGAUUUGACUGCACUGGCCUCUCCAAGUCAUGUGCAUUCCAAACAGGAUGAGCACAGGGAGAGUAUAGACAGCUUCCACAGUUCUAUGGAUUGCAAAACAUCACAGGGGCCAGAAGUGGAGAUUCUGGAGAUUGAUCAACUCCCAGCAUCUCCCGCACAAGUGACUCAGGGAGAACCAAAUGAGGCUUUGAAACCAAUAGAUGAUUUUGGUGUAAGAGAAGCUCAGCAGUGCAUCUCAGAGCUUCACUUGCAUAUUGAUCAGCCAAAACAGAGCAAAUUUGGUACAUUUGAAGCAACAGCAGCAGAGGCAGAGUUGGACAUUCUCCUUGACUCAUUUGAUGGGAACAACCUCUCUACUUCCAAUGGUGUGCUCAACCAUAGUUUCAUUUCCAAGACUGCUAAUACCACCAGUUCAUUAAAUUCAGUGGCUCCGUCAUCUAUGAAACCUAACCGUAAUUCCUUGAGCACUGUAAUUCCAACUUCUUUGGAUGAUGCACUUGAUGAUCUGCUCGCUCAAACUUCACAUCUUCAGGGACCACAGAAAGAGGGGGCAGUGUCUUCUAUUAAUUUUCCUCCCCAACCAACACCAGGGCUGAGACCAAUGGAUGAUGACUUUGAUUCAUGGCUAGAUACACUCUGAAUCCUUAGUGAGCUCCCAAUGUGUGACCACUAGUUGCUCUCAGCCAUGGCUUGUAUAGCACAAGAUUCAACACAUCACCCUUCAUCGCGGUGCUAUCCUUCCGCUUAGCUUUGACAUAGCCCUGUUGUUGCAUGAAUUUUAAGCCGGGAAGGGCUUGAUACACCAGUUUGAAUUAAGAUUUGAGCUUUUUGAGGGACUCAAUAACAGAUAUGCAUCUUCCAAUGUGUGAUUACAAAGCCCUUUUUUACAGUUUACUCUGAAGGAAGAUGACUCUUGAGUUGAAAGCAUUAUAGGAAUGUGAGGUUUGUUUUUGGGUAUAUAUUUCAGUGUUUGUAUUCAUAAAUGGUUGUGUGGCAAGCUUCACUGUG